AUGCACUUGAGAUCGCACACACAAACAACAGGACAACAACCUGGACAACAACCUUUACCACAACGAAACAGACCAAAAGUUAAAAUACCAAUACAACAAGAUUAUACAAUAAUGGAUCGUGCUUUAGCUGAAAUUGAUGUCAAAUUUAAAGGUGGACAAAAUGAUAAUGCUAUUAAAUGGGUAGAAAUGGUUGAAUCAAGAUUUUCAUGUUUUGAGGGUAUUAGUGAUCCUGAUAAACGUAAGAAGAUAUCAUUACGUCUAGAAGAUGAUGCAUUAACAUGGUAUGAAGAGAAUAAGGCUAAUAUAGCGUCAUGGGCUGAUUUUAAACAAGCGAUGAUAGCUAAAUAUCCAUCAGCUCUCACACUAAAAUUAUCAUUUAUCAGAAUUAAUGAUUAUGAAGCAGGACAACAGCAGGACAAUGAAUCAGUUACAAGUUAUUAUAUUGAAAAGAUAAACUUAGACAAUAUGGCAUCACCCAGUAUACCAGGUAAUAUGUUAGUAUCAGCCUUAAUUAAAGGACUGUUACCAUUAUAUCAUCAACAACGCAGAAAAGAAAAGAUUUCGUAG